CACUUGGCAACACUUUUUCAGUCUCCAUCUUUUUUCGCAAAGAAAAAAUCUAAGCUUGUGAAAAUUUGACAAAAGCGGAAAAGUGCAUAGUUCUUAAAAUAUAAUUCUUGUGUAGCAAAAACAGAUCAAUUAAUAAAAAUGCCAAGAGAUUAUGAUCGGGAUUACAAUGACGAUACCACAGAUUACAAAAGGAAAAGGCGCACAGACGAUGAAGCCGGCGGUGGAAGUAAUACGGGAGCUGGUAGUAGCGGUGACAUGGAUGGGCAUGGACGCGGACAAGAUCAUGGACAAGCAAUGCAAUCUCAUGACGCACCACCGUUAAACGAAAAAACAAACUCUUAUCUAGAGCAAUGUGAACAAGAAAAGAAAACGCUUGCCAAAGAUCACACUGUUUGUAAGCGAUUAAUAGACGACGAAAUUGAGAAAAUUUUAGUUAGUGGACGCAUACCAAAGCCGGAAAUUUACGCAAACGUAUAUAGCGAAAAACCAAUACGUGUUGCACAGAAAGUAUUAUUCCCCAUUAAGGAAUAUCCGAAAUUUAAUUUUGUUGGAAAAAUUCUGGGACCAAAAGGCAAUACUUUGCGCCAACUACAAGAAGAAACAUUUUGCAAAAUGGUCGUUAUGGGCCGUAAUUCUAUGCGCGACCACGCUAAAGAGGAGGAAUUGCGAAACUCUGGAAAUCCAAAGUACGCACAUCUUAGUCGUGAUUUACAUGUGGAAAUUUCAACGGUAGCACCACCUUCAGAAGCUUAUCAUCGUUUGGCAUAUGCUUUGGCUGAAAUUCGAAAGUUUAUGAUACCAGAUGCCAAUGACGAUAUACGCAUGGAACAAAUGCGUGAAAUGGACGGCAAAGAGCGUAUGUACAAAAAAACUCAUUACUCGAAAUCAUACGGUGAGCAUGCUGUCUAUAGCUGUCGUACGCCGCCACCACCUGCAUUUGAAAAAUCAUCGAAGCCGAAGGUGUACUCGAUUCUAGAGAAAGCACGUUAUGUUAUGGAAGAUCCAGGUUAUGGUCUAGUAAAAUCUCACAGAUCACGUGAUCAUGAAUUGUACGAGCAUCAUGGUGAAUAUGAUCGCUAUACGCCACCGCCACCAUCGAAACAUUCAAGUACCCAUCAUGCACCAUAUGAAAGUGGUUCGUAUGAGCGUGACUACCGUCGCGAAUAUCAUCCGCACUCAUCCUCUUACACUGCUGCUUAUCCAGCUAAACCAAGCAACGGUCGAUCUUCAUCGUCAUACCGACCUGCAACAUCGGGAUCGCACUCUUCCUCACACUACGAAGCAGGAUCUCGCUCACGCGGAGAAAGCGUACGUUAUCGUUCGGCACCAUAUCCGAAAUUACGUUAAAAAUGCAAAUAUAAAAAGUAUUUUACACGUCAAGAGAACAACACUUUUCAAAAUGAAUUAGAAAACCAACCGUAUUGCAACAAAAAGAGAAAAACAGAAACAACAAUAACAAUAUGUGUUAGUUUAAUAUAUUAAAUAUCAAAUAUAUAAAUAAACAACAAAGAAAAAACACAAGUAUGCAUAUAUAAAAUAUAGACGUACAGAGGUAGAAAAUAUAUUUGGAAGUAAACAAAUAAACAGCAUAAUGGUAUUUAAUUGUUAAUAUCAAAUUUUACAAUUAUUCGCAAAAGAAUUAAAGUAUCGCGUAUACAAAAAUUUUAAGCAAAGCAACAAUGAAAAAUCAUAUAAGGAACAAAUUUAAUCUUUAAUUAAAAUGUCAUUAGUGUACAUUUUACAAAAUGCAAACGUACGUUAUCAUAGCAAAAAAAAAUAAAAAUUUUAAUUGUGACAAACAAACAACAAAAAUUAAAACAAAUAAUAUAGACUUGUCAAACUCAUUUAAAUAAUACCAAUCAUCGACAACUUUGGAAAUUAUGAUUUAAUUAAAAAAUAAUGAUGAUGAUAAUAGAAAUAAGAAAUACAGGAAACUAUUCAGAAUGUGUGUGCAGUGUUAACAUUGGAACGUAAGUAUUUGCCGCAGCCAAUUUAAAUCGCAACUAUUAAUAGUUUUAAUGAUUGUACAACAUAAUAACAACAAGAAAUAAUAAAGACCAAACUUAAUUAAAAAUGCGAAUGUUAGAAUACAGAAAGAAACAUAUUAUUUUAAGUAUUACACUAAAAAUUCAAUAAUAAAUGACAAAAAACACAUAACA